CGAUGGUGAUAUGAUGGAAGUAUUCCCCGACCGUUGAUCCUCGACCGCUAAAACGUUCAGCCGAGUCUUCAUGACGUUUCGACUCCUCGGUUGUUGGCUUUACCCUGGUCCCCUUGGGUAACAUCCUCCGGAGGGUAUUUAAAUCUAGAGCUCAUUUACCCCGGCUUUCUCAGCAAGUCUGAUUUCAAUCUUCGACUUCCGUGGACUAUCUCACAGAUGAAGCUUCUUACCUUGUCGCUCCUUGUGAGCUCUUGUUUGGCCGUCCCCAUCAUAGAACGGGGCCAGCAGCCCAUCGCGGAUCCUGAAAGCAAUGGACCGUACAACCCCAAGUACAGAGAUCCCUAUGAUCACAAGGUUGACUCCUAUGGCAAGAACUGGCAACCUCUUCCCUGGCGGAAUGGGGAUGGUGCUACAGUACUAGGACCUCAGAACAAGGACAGGGAGAGACAGAACCCCGACCUAUUUCGUCCACCAAGUACCGACCACGGAAGCAUGUCCAACUUGCGCUGGAGCUUUGCCGAUUCUCAUACCAGAAUCGAGGAAGGAGGUUGGACCCGUCAGACCACGGUGCGAGAGUUGGGUGCCUCUACGGAGAUUGCUGGUGUCAAUAUGAGACUCGACUACGGCGUGAUUCGAGAGCUGCAUUGGCACAAGCAAGCCGAGUGGGCGUACGUCCUGGAAGGAAGUGUCCGCAUCACUGCACUCGACACUGAAGGAGGUCAAUUCAUCGACGACCUUCAGAAAGGCGACUUGUGGUAUUUCCCAUCCGGCCAUCCACACUCUCUGCAAGGACUGGCCCCCAACGGCACCGAAUUCUUAUUGGUUUUCGACGAUGGCAACUUCAACGAAGAGUCGACCUUUUUGUUGACUGAUUGGCUUGCUCGCACGCCCAAGGCUGUUCUUGCCGAGAACUUUCAGGUUUCGCCAGAAUUGUUCAAGACGAUCCCAAAGUCUGAGAAGUACAUCUUCCAGGGUACUGUCCCCGGAUCGAUCGACGACGAGGAACCAAAGGGCAAAAACGUCAAACAGUCGAGGUUGCAGUUCACUCACAAGAUGCUAGACCAAGAGCCUCGCAAUACCACUGGAGGCCUUGUUCGGAUCACUGACUCGACCAACUUCCCCAUCUCCAAAACGAUUGCGGCGGCUCAUCUAGACAUUGGACCUGGUGCGAUGCGCGAGAUGCACUGGCAUCCCAACGCUGAUGAAUGGUCUUUCUUCAUCAAGGGCCGCGCACGUGUCACCGUCUUCGCCGCUGAGGGGACUGCCAGAACAUUCGACUUCAUGGCAGGCGACGUGGGGGUCAUUCCUCGCAAUAUGGGUCAUUUUAUCGAAAAUCUCAGUGAUGAUGAACCUGUCGAAGUGCUCGAAAUCUUUAAGGCCGACAAGUUCCAGGACUUCUCGUUAUUUCAGUGGAUGGGUGAGACACCCAAGAGACUGGUUGCGGACCAUAUAUUUGCCAACGAUCCGGAAGGCGCCGAGAAAUUCCUGAAAGCGGUCGAAAAUCCCAUUGAAGACCCCAUACGGGCUGCACCAGAAUAAGCACCGCAUGUCAGAACUGUCUGGUGCAAUCUUGCCAAGAUAGUGGCUAGGCAAAGCACCUGGUGAAGAGAAAGAUCCAGAACUGGGGACGAUGGCAAAGAGCCGUGGUAUAUAGUAGUAGUGGACAUUUGCUUUCCUGGCUGGCAAAACGUUUUGCCCAUCGAGAGGCGGGUUCUGAUGGCAGGAGCAACUCC